CUUAGUUAAUUGUUGAAAGUGCAUCACGGUUUUCAUCUAUUUUCUUUCAUUAUCAUUACAGACAUAUCUACAUGAACAUAGAAAAUAAGUCAUUGUGCAAGUUUUGACUAUUGAAAUCCAAGGAUUGGUCAAUAAACAUAAACAUGGAAAAAACAAAGGAAUGGGAGCUUGAAAUGCUGAUGGAGAAAUUAAGAGCAAAGACUGGACAGUUUAAGUCAUUCUUUGAAAAUGCCAAGGCUCUUCGUAUGGCUUUGUUGGAAAAGCGAUACCCUGUUGACAGUGUGGAGAGGGUCCAGCUGCACAAGUGUUUGGACACGCUCCAAAACAAUAUCAAAGUGACGACUGUACAAGCAAUGGUCGAGCGACUUGAGAGCGUUUCACGACAAUUAGGGUUGAAGUUUGUCGCAGGACACUCAGGGUUGGACUUCUUCAUCUCCAGUGACAUGUUCUACCUGGAGCUGGUGUUGGAGCCGUCGGGUGGAGUGAGGGACGUCAAGGUGCAUCACGAAGGCAAAGUGGAACAGCCGCAGAGCUGUGAAGAGUUGGUCGCUUGCCUCAGUAGACGAGACUUCUCCGACUUCACGUCCCAGUUGGAGGGUCUAGCUUCAAUUUACCAGCUCAACGCAGAGAAAAAGGUGAAGUGUAAGGCGUACUCUGCGCUGACAUCGUUGGAGACCGACCUUUACACGUUGUCCUCUUUACAUCCCUACAGCAAGGACCCCCAAGCUCAGGUUCACAAGGGCCCGGUCGGCAUUUUACACAAGCGCAGAGGAGGUCACUGUAUGAAGCUAGUGUACUUUGUACAUCCGUACGACAUGUUGGACCCAGUCAACAGAGUAGCUAAACCACUAGACCCGGCCACGCACACUGAUGGCCACAACGUCACUGUGUGUAUGGAGGGAUCCUCUGCUCACAAGCUGCAGACCACAACUCUAGUCUCGCCAGGACUAAGAGGCGUGCCGGUGUAUGCGCCAUUGACCAGUGCCAACAGCGCCAGUCUGCCAGCGUGUUUUGUCCUGCGGCUACGUGAGCCGGUGCCUGUGUGCGUGGCCGUGACACGGCGCAUCACGCAGGUCACAGACAUGGAGUGUGGUGAUCUGUCCAGUCCGGUGCCUCUACUCACACUCAUCACGCAACAUGUGAGCAAGGGCAAGCUGGACACCCGCGGCUUGCUUGUGAAUCUGCCUGACCAGCAGCACCGCUACUUCAUGACGGACAGUCCUGGACUGGAGGCAGUGUUGGUGAGGUCGGUGCCGUUCACUCUACCCCAGCAUGUACCUGCAAUACUGAACCUGCUGCGACAACAGGCACUGUUCAACUCAGUGGUGGCCUCCUGCAUAAGGCCCAACUCUAAACUCGGUGAACAAGACAAGACAGUGAUGCUGGAGGUGUCUGCGUUGUCAUGGCAAAGACUUAGUGUGUCCCUAGAACAUCCUCUAGAGGAGAGCAUGGCCACUGUGGAGAUGGAUCUGUCCGACAUCAGCAAUCCCUCGUGUAAGAUAUACACAGCCAACGGCGACACCAGCUCUGACUACGCGACCAAAGUCUUUCAGAGGUGUCUGUCCAUUCCAGUGACAAUGAGAGCCCUUAUCAAGUGUUGGCAGCGAGAUGGGUCUGUAAAAGAGGCAAGUGACACCCCCACUCCUGGGGGGAUGGGAGGACUGCCAGGGGGAGGGGUGGGGGGAGAUCCUGACAUAAUCAUCAAGCAGGAGCCUGGUUCCAAUUUGGAUUCUCCGUUUGAACCGUUCUCAGGGUCAGACGGGGGUCCUGGAGGUCUACAACUGGCAGACGACAAGACCAGUCUUCUAAACCUGCUGAGUGACAACAAGCAAGGCAAAAAACGCAAGCGAGGUGACUCAAAGAAGAAAUCUUUGGAGGAUUGUGAUAUCAUCGUUGACAGUUCCAGUGAUGAAUCGGUUCUUUCUAAGGAUUUGGAUUUUGAUUUGGACCUCAUUGAUAAGAAAAAAUCGCCACCUUCUUUAUUAUUAGAUUUAGAAAAUAAAAAUCUAGUUCCACCAUCUGUUAGUAUAACGCCGAUUACUUGUAGUUCGUUGAUAUCACCCUCACAAAAUUUAAACUCAGUGUUGGAACGUAGACCGGGAAUAGAAAUCAUCCCUUUAGUGCAGACUUCGCUUCCCAGUUCCAUUACAAUAACACCUAUCGGGAGCAAAGAGGACAAGAGUAGGAAGAGUGGCAAGAGUUCGAAAAGUGACGAUAAAUCCAGGACGGAGAAGAAAAGAAAGAGAAGGAAAGAGGAUUCAGGAAUGGGUCCUCCUGAAAAAGUUCCUGCGAAACAAGACCCUUUAACAAAACCUGUAACGGUUUCUAUCAAACCGACUGAUUGUGAAAGCCGUCCCCAGUCCCCAAACUCCAGUAUUCGCAAAUACAGCAGCUCACCCACGCCGUUAUCUUUAGUCAGCAGCAAAGGCAGCCCUAAAUCAGUGAAGAACAGUCCAAAACACUCUCCAAGUCCUGCAUAUUCAGUAUCUAGUCCCAAAAGUAGCCCUAAACACGGAACAUCAUCGCCCAAACAUCAGGGAAGUUCAGGAAAACCGAGUAUGUCUGCUUUAAAGUCAGCUGUUAGUUCUCCAAAGUCAGAUUCAGGAAAAAAGUCCUCCGGUAGCAAAGAUUCGAGUAGAGAUAAAGAAAGAAAGUCUGGAAGUGCUGGACACCAGAGUCCAAAACUUAAAUCGUCCAGUGUGAAAUUAAAACAGUUGGAUCUUUCCAGUGGAGAGAUUACUGUAACAGCUCACAGUGGGGGAUCGACUCCUCCUUCAGGUGAGAAGGCUCAGCCGAUGAUGCGUAACAGAAAAGGUUCUCUGUCUGCAAUUGUAGACAAGCUGAAAUCUGCUCAGCACUGUGGUGAUCCGUUUGUAGAGGGAAAUGGUAAACCUAGUAGUAACAAAGAUAGGAGUUCUACAACCAUCAGCAAAACCGGCGAUAAAAGCAAUGCCAGUGGUGCAAAACCUGGAGAAAGCAAAAAUCCUGGAGAGUACAUGGUGAAACCUAGUUCUGAUGGGAUGAAAAUCACCAUCAACAAAACAAGGACCAAAGAUCCCAAUAAAUCGGGAAAACAGAGUUCUAGUUCUGGUGGAGGAAGUAGUUCAGGAAGUGGGUCUCCAAAAACACACACUGGUCUCAAACCAGGUGUUAACAGUGGUCCUGCUUCGAAGAAACCACAAGCACCUCCUGGAAAAACAUCAACGAAACCUAGUAGUAAAGUCCCUGGAGUUUCCAAAAGUUCAACAAGUGGUACAAAACCGGUAAAGUCAAGUAGUAGUAGUAGUAGCAGUAGCAGUAGAGAUAGUAGGGUGCGGAUACCGAAACCUGGUGAUAAGUCAAUAUUCAGUUCUUCUAAGAGUGAUGCAAGAAAACUGAGUCCAAGUGGCUCAAGGGACGAGUCGGAAACAUUUAAAAUCCUAAACACUGCUCCAACGAUAUCCCCUGAACUUGUGGUUCCGGGAUUCAUGAAACAAUUGGACACUAAAUUUCAAAUUCCUAAGCUUUCCCAGAGGACUGCAAACGUUGAUGAUAUCAAGAAAGAUAAAUUCGAUGGAACUAAACCUGUCGACCAAAAUAAGUUCAUCGAUCUGUCGAUGAAGUCUGACUCAAAAUAUCCCUUGAUUCCAAAACUUGAUGACCUGAUAGUGGAUGCUAAACAGCUUUCGUCUCCUACCCCGAGUGUAAAAUCUCUGGAAAUAGACAUAUCCGAUGAAAGCCCUUUAGACACCUCCGUAUCCUCGGGGAAAGAUGAUAUCAUGAGCAGUUUGAAAAUAGAACUUCCGAUCGGAUCUAUGUCUUUUGCGUCCGAUGAACCUUCACCAGAAGUGUCCGAGCCUAUUCGUCCCCCUGAUCCACCAAAAACUACCCCCACUCCCCAAGAAGCAGCAGAAAUUCUUCUGGACUUUUCCACUCUUCCAACCAAAUCUAUUCUUCCUGAUAAGUUGAUGUCGGUUACUGAAAGAGCGAUGGCUUCUAUGAUGCCUCUUCGCAAGAACCCCACACCUCCAUUGCCCCCACCGGUGUUCCCCGCGUCUCCGUCAGUUUCUGUUCACAUUGUCAAGUCCCCCGCCCCUUCCCCUCUAGUCAUCCCCUCCCCCCAUUCUGCUUCUCCUUGCAUUACAGACGAUGAACUGAUGGACGAAGCAUUAGUCGGUAUAGGCAAAUAGCAACUAGGAGUCCAUAGUCUUAUCUAUGUAUAGUUCCAAAAUAGUCUUAUUAUCUUUUAUAUACUUUUUAUCAUGAAGUAUUUGCGAUAUAUCAUAUAUAGCCAGUCAGUAAUAUACAUACUUAUGUACAGUAUUAUAGACUUUUAGGAAAUGAGAUUAUAUAGAUUUUAUAAUAUAUUGUAUUAUUUGUUAAUAUCGAUCGUUCGAUGCAUUAUUACAAGGUUGUUAUGGUUUUAGUAUUUUGUUACAUUUUUUAAUUAUUUAAUUUCUAGAUUAAAGUUAGGGAAAUAUUUCUUGCCAUAAUAAUGUAUAUAGUUUUUGGUUGACAUGUUUAUUUUUAAAUUUUUAGCUUGCAUUCUGGGAGAGGCAUUAUUUUACUUAAGUCAUGUAAAUAGGUUUUAAAAACCAUUGUAUUAUAAUAUACUUCUUCCAGUUAUUAACUAUACAUCAUCUCUUUACAAGAUUAAAAUAUUAGAUAUAUAUAUAUAAAAUUAUAAAGAUACAACUACUGUAUUUUGCCUUUUACGAUCAAGAAAGUUAAUUUGAAUUGAAUGUCAUGUUUAUUUUGGGUAGCAAUGUAUCCCAAUCAGUUAGGAGUUUUAUCACUAUGUUUGGUAUUAUUUGAAUUAGUAUCAGGUUGCUGAUAUUUCUGUGACUGUUGUUUUGAUCCAUAUAAGUGAAGGUUUUAGUAUUUUUUCCAUUUUAAUCCUCAUUUACAUGGGUUUAGGGUUUAGGCUCAUGUGAGGAAUGCAUCUAAGCUGGCAGUUUGAGAGGUUCACUUUUGACAAACGUCCGAAAACAGGGUGGCCACAGAUUGGGAAAUAUGUACAAAAUUCUUGUAUCUGGGAAUUAUGUAAAAAGUUUAGAAAAUUUCAUUGGGAAUGUCUGAAUUAAGACUGCGAUCACGGCGAAAUUACAUCUUUUGUAUGAACAUCUUCCAUGAUUACAAAAAAAUCGAGAACAUCUUCAGAGGUUACAGAAAAAUCGUAUACAUCUUCCGAGAUAACAUUGACAUCAUCUUCUCCCACAACCACGACAAAACCGUUAAUUUUUCAUCAAUGACCAACCAUUGAGAUCUGGCGCCAUCUAGGUGCAUGUUUACCCAAAUAUGAGUGUAGAAUGGUGUGAGAUAGUGGUGUAUCUUUUGUUACUGACUAAAAUAAGCUGUUUCAUUAGCCAGGAUGUUUAUAUUAAAGCCCAAUAACCAGGGACGGCUGGGUCCAGUUUCGAACCAUCAACGCACUAUUGACUUCUCUCAGGAUCAAACCGGUGACCUUUUGAUUGUUAGGUGAGUGCUAUAACCGCCCGACUACACAGCCAUUGCGCAUCUUUGCUAGAACUCUCCGCGGCCAAGAAAAUAUGCACUCGGUUCGACUUUACAUGCCCAAGCUUGGCCCGAUGAUCAAUUUCGGCCCGUAACAAUAUCUUGGGCCAACUUUCAUGGAACCCUCAUAUUCUUAGUUAAAUGUACACUUGGCGACUAGAAAUCGUCACCGGUAAAACCAGGUUUUGCUGCUCAGAAAACGGGUAAAAAUUUGUUAAUGUUUCUCUAGGAGUUCUGUGGUCACCCUUGAAAAUGUUCAGUCUAAAAAUAAAAAUAUGGUAGCUGUUUGUGAUCUGGUACUGUUUUAUUUUUGCUAAAUGCUACACUAUUAACUCAAAAGUAUGUUAAGAU